CUGUCUUUGCAGCAGCUGUAGGCAGGGGAGGCCAUUUUCCGUUUCUAGGAAGAGUGAGGGCGAGAGGAGAGAGAAAAGAAGGGGAAAAAAGGGCUCAGCGCCUCCCCGCUGGGCCGUGGACAAGAGGGACAGUUUCGGCAGGCGGGUGAGGUCGCUGACGGCCUGGAGAAGAUGUUUUCCCUGUCGAGCACCGUUCAGCCCCAGGUUACAGUUCCUCUGAGUCAUCUCAUCAAUGCCUUCCAUUCACCGAAAAACACAUCUAUUUCUGUCAGUGCAUCAAUUUCUCAAAACCAGCAUCGAGAUGUAGUGUCUGAGCAUGAGGCUCCCAGCAAUGAGCCUAUACUUAACUUAAGGGACCUUGGAUUAUCUGAAUUAAAAAUUGGACAAAUUGAUCAACUGGUAGACAGUCUACUUCCUGGAAUUUGUAAGGACAAGAACGUUUCUUCCCAUUGGCAUACAUCUCAUGUAUCUGCACAGUCCUUCUUUGAAAAUAAAUACGGUUGCUUAGAUAUAUUUAGUACUUUACGUUCCUCUUGCUUGUACAGACAACAUUCAAGAACUCUUAAAAGAAUUUGUUCAGAUCUUCAGUACUGGCCAGUUUUCGUACAGUCUCGGGGUUUUAAAACUUUAAAGUCAAGGACACGACGUCUACAGUCCACUUCUGAAAGAUUAGCAGAAACACAACAUACAGCACCAUCAUUCGUGAAGGGGUUUCUUUUGCGGGACAGAGGAUCAGACGUUGAGAGUUUGGACAAACUCAUGAAAACCAAAAACAUACCUGAGGCUCACCAAGAUGCAUUUAAAACUGGUUUUGCAGAGGGUUUUCUGAAAGCUCAAGCACUGACACAAAAAACCAAUGAUUCUCUAAGAAGAACUCGCCUGAUUGUCUUUAUUCUGCUGGUAGUUGGCAUUUAUGGACUCUUAAAAAACCCAUUUUUAUCUGUCCGCUUCCGGACAACAACGGGGCUUGAUUCUGCCGUAGAUCCUGUGCAGAUGAAAAAUGUUACCUUUGAACAUGUUAAAGGAGUGGAGGAAGCUAAACAAGAAUUACAAGAAGUUGUUGAAUUCUUGAAAAAUCCACAAAAAUUUACUGUUCUUGGAGGUAAACUUCCGAAAGGAAUUCUUUUAGUUGGACCACCAGGGACAGGAAAGACACUUCUUGCCCGAGCUGUGGCCGGAGAAGCUGAUGUUCCUUUUUAUUAUGCUUCUGGAUCAGAAUUUGAUGAGAUGUUUGUGGGUGUGGGAGCCAGCCGUAUAAGAAAUCUUUUUAGGGAAGCAAAAGCAAAUGCCCCGUGUGUUAUAUUUAUUGAUGAAUUAGAUUCUGUUGGUGGGAAGCGAAUUGAAUCUCCAAUGCAUCCAUAUUCACGGCAGACCAUAAAUCAACUUCUUGCUGAAAUGGAUGGUUUUAAACCCAACGAAGGAGUUAUCAUCAUAGGAGCCACAAACUUCCCAGAGGCAUUAGAUAACGCCUUAAUACGUCCUGCGUUUGACAUGCAGGUUACAGUUCCAAGGCCAGAUGUAAAAGGUCGAACAGAAAUCUUGAAGUGGUAUCUCAAUAAAAUAAAAGUUUUGAUCACUGUUGAUCCAGAAAUCAUAGCUCGAGGUACUGUUGGAUUUUCUGGAGCAGAGUUGGAGAAUCUUGUGAACCACUGCUUAAAGGCAGCUGUUGAUGGAAAAGAAAUGGUUACCAUGAAGGAACUAGAGUUUUCCAAAGAUAAAAUCCUAAUGGGUCCUGAGCGUAGAAGUGUGGAAAUUGAUAACAAAAACAAAACGAUCACAGCGUAUCAUGAAUCUGGUCAUGCUAUUAUUGCAUAUUACACUAAAGAUGCAAUGCCUAUCAACAAAGCUACAAUCAUGCCACGAGGGCCAACACUUGGACAUGUGUCCCUGUUGCCUGAGAAUGAUCGAUGGAAUGAAACUAGAGCUCAGCUUCUUGCUCAGAUGGACGUCAGUAUGGGAGGAAGAGUGGCAGAGGAACUUAUAUUUGGAACUGAUUAUAUUACAACAGGUGCUUCCAGUGAUUUUGAUAAUGCAACCAAAAUAGCAAAGCGGAUGGUCACCAAAUUUGGAAUGAGUGAAAAGCUUGGAGUUAUGACCUACAGUGAUACAGGGAAACUGAGUCCAGAAACUCAAUCUGCUAUUGAACAGGAAAUCAGAAUCCUUCUGAGGGAUUCAUAUGAGCGAGCAAAACAUAUCUUGAAGACUCAUGCAAAAGAGCACAAGAAUCUAGCAGAAGCUUUAUUGACCUAUGAGACUUUGGAUGCCAAAGAGAUUCAGAUUGUUCUUGAGGGGAAGAAAUUGGAUGUGAGAUGAUAGCUCUUGAUGCAUUGUUGGUUUUAUUGCAAGACCAUAAGUAGCACUGCAGUAGUCGUAUUUUGCAACACUUUUCUCCCAUUCUUGGUAUCACUCAAGGGUGUGAAACACUUUGUCAGUCUUUUGUCACAUUUAUCUAAUUUUGAUUAUUCUCAUGAUGGACACCUACUGCAAAUAGCAAAUUUAUUAAAGAAAAUAAAGAACUAUCAGGAUUGAAAACAGCUUGUUUGAGAAAUGUCAAUCAGUUAUUAAGUUGAAAAUAAGUAAUGAUUUUAUGGUUGGUUACAGUGCUAGAUGUGAAUAGAAAUUGUGCCUUUAGCUCUUGGGAAGUAUUUUUACUUAGGAAAAUAAAAUUCUUGAAGGAUUGUCUUUAUUUCUAGAUAGUAUCACUUAUCUUUGAUAAAGAAAUGAUGCUAUUUGGCUAUUCAUAAAUCAUAUUUCUACAUACAUCAGUGGAAAAAACUUCAUUAAGAUGCACUUAAUUAUGAUCUAGAUUGACCAUAUAUAAAGUGUUUUUUUAAAAAUCUAAGAGUAGAGAAUUGUGAACCUACAGAUACAAUCAGAAUUUAAAUGAUUAUUAUAAGCUUUUUAAAAUGCAACUUGCAUUUUCAUGGUCUUUUUUUUUUUUUUUUAACAUUACUAUCGCUCUGAAAAUGAAGUUUAUUUCAGAGCAGCAGUAUUUUGUUAAAUAAACAAGUAACACACCUCAAAUUAUGAAUAACUAUGUAAUUAUGCUUUGCAUUGAAACCAAAAUAAAACCAAAAACCCAGUCCCAUUCAGAGUGAACUUUUGAAUUAUGCUGUGUUAGAAAUGGAAAGUUGUUUUUAUUUUUCAGUCAGGUUUUGUGAAUAUGAAUGUGUUGUUACAGGAUUUACAGAUGACUUUAUUUAACUCAGUAGAAAAUUAUUUUAGAGCACAUUGUAUUGGUUUUACAACCAUAUAUUCUUGAAGUGAUUUUAUUAAAAUUACGUACAGUUUUCUAGUAA